CCAUAAUAACAGUACACUUCCCGGAGACAAUUCCAGCCCCUAAACCAAGACAUGUUCAAUCCUCAAAAACACAACAACUUUGUCAUACAAAUACGAGGUUCUAACCCUCCUCAAACAAAUCCAUCUCCAAUCCCUACCUUCUCAUCCAUGAAGAUCUUCAACCGCUUUCGUCGUAUUUUCAUGAGGUUUAUGUUCUCUAUCCCAUCCUCUAAGGCCACCACGAGCAGCUCAGGUGGUGGUUCUGCUGGCUUAAGAAGGCGGUCGUGUGAUCGGCCUGAUCCUCCAAGGUCUUCGUGCAAUUCUUCUUAUUAUUCUUCCAACACCCAUUACAACGAAGCCAUUGCAGAUUGCAUUGAGUUUUUUAAUAAGUCUUCUUCCUCAUCUUCGCCUUCUUUUUCAGAAGAUGGAGGAAGGAAAUCGGAUUUCAUGGUGUGAAGAGUAUAUUUCGUUUUCUUUUUGUUAUUUGAUGUGUUGUAACUAUGAUAUAUUAAAUAAUGAAAACCUAUGUGCAGGUACUUCCUUGUCUUGUCGGCGGGUUAAGAGGGUAUGCUUUGUGUUGAUAUGUCGUUUAAGUAAAUUUAUCUAAUUCACUAGGCUUGUAUGAGUGAUUAAGACUUUCUCAUGAUAAAAUGGAGGUCAUGAGUCUAAAACUUAUCCUUGGUAUAUAUAGUAAUUAAAUUACUAUAAACGUGCCACAACACAAUUAUAUUCUUUAUGAGUUA